UAAAAUAUAAACACAAAUUCCAAAGUCGUGUACUAUUCUAAUAGAAUUAAAUAUAAAAAUCUGUAGAUAUGUAUAGUGAAAUAACAACUCUAGCGAUGAUGUAGAUGCCUAUCGACAGCUAUAGAUAACUAAUCAAAAGGCGUAGCACGGUCGUAAUUUACAUGAAAAUGAAUAUCAUUUAUCGAUAAAUUUUAAUUUUAAUUCAAAGUUGUUUUAAAUUAUUUUCAAUAUCGUUGUGGUAUAAUGACUUUAUCGUGAAUAUGUAUUCAGUUUCGAUGUGUUUUAUAAAAUUUGUCUACCUUCCACUCUAUCGCAUCGACAAUCACGUUUGUCACUGGGUUAUCGGCCGUCAUUCGCUUUGACAGUGAUUUUUCUUCCCUCUAACUUACUUGUCUCUUCAUGAAUUAGUAUAGAAGAUAAGAUUUGAGAGAAAUUUAUAAAAAAAUGGUAAUCGUUGUCUAUCGGACUGAAGGCAGGAUUUCAAACCUGUUUGAUUAUUAAAAUUAGAAUUAUGUGUAAUCAAUAUUUGUUUACUCGAAGAUAGUAGAAUUUUGGAUUAAAAUAUUAAAUUAAUGAGAUGGGUCCACCGCCAGUGGUAACGGGAGUAUCUCCAAAGGAAGGACCUCCAGGUACCCGCGUGAUUGUUCGCGGUGAAUUUCUGGGUAACAAAGCUCAAGAUCUCAUAGGUCUAACAAUAUGCGGAUGUGAUUGCUUCUUAUCAGCAGAAUGGAAAUCUUCAAAUAAGAUCAUUGCCAGAUCAGGACCUUGUAAAGGUCGGGGUGAUAUUAUAGUAACUACACGCAGUGGAGGACCAGGAACAUCAACCGUACAAUUCCGUGGUUAUCAUGAAACGAUAGGUCCUAUGAAAGAAUCCGCGGUAUGGGUGGAGGAAGCUCCUAUGCAGAGUUUUGUCUGGGGGAGAAGGACACUCUCUCCAACGAAUUAUCAACAAGAAGACCCUUUAGGUUUAAGCGUAGAAGGCAAUGAUAAGAAGUUCCCUGAAGAUGAAUUAAUGGAACUUUUUGGGGAAGGUAGUGGAGAUCUUACUAGUGAAAAAUUUCACCCUGGUUGGUUCUUAUUGCAACAUCAUCAUGCUACUACUUUUGAAGAUUUAAGGGCUGGAUUGGCUUUUCUCAAAAGAAAAGUAAAUUCCCAAAAAGAGGGUCAACUAUCAUUUUUAAAGGCUAAUGUAGGGUCUGUAAUGGAACAAUUAGAUACAAUAACAUUAUUAAAAGAACAAUUUGAAACAGAUAUAAAAACAUAUGGCAGUGAUCCCACUGAAAAGUUAGAAAAAGCUAUUAAACAGUCCAUGUCAGAGGCUAAUAAAUUAUUUGACGAUGUGCUAGCAAGAAGAGACAGAGCAGAUGCAACGAGAAAUGCAUUGUCUGUAAUGCAGAGAUAUAAGUUCCUUUUUUGUAUGCCAAUUAAUAUAGAAAAGAACAUAAAACGGGGCAAUUAUGAUCUUGUAAUUAACGACUACACGAGAGUAAAAAAUUUAUUUAAAAAUACAGAAGUCGAAGUUUUUAAAAAAGUGCUGGAUGAAAUCGAUAACAGAAUUGUCAUGUUAAAAGCACAUUUAAGAAAUAAACUUGAAGAAAUGCCCUUCAGUCUGGAGGAACAUAAGAAAAUAAUUAGAAAUCUUGUUAAUUUGGAAGCUGAAGGAGAUCCAGCUUGGGAUGCUAUAGUUUCACAUUCGAAUUACUUGAAAAAAAGUAUUACCAAUUGUAUACAAGAACAUUUGGAAGUGGAUAAUUCAAAUGGAGAGGAUUGGAACAAAGCAAAGUCAAUACAGAAUAGUAAACAAUCAAAAUCGAACAAAAAUGAUGGGACUAAUAUUCCCCCAGAAAUAUCAUGUAUUGAAACAAUUUGUGAUAUAAUUGUCGAGCAACUACCAGACUUAUGGAGAUUAGGUCAGAGCUACUUUACAGGACAGUUACAUGUUGCAGUGGACGCAGAAAAACAGACACCUUUCAAGAACCUAGUACUGUCAAGCAUGGAGCAUGCGAUGGAAGGUUUGAAAAAUACAUGUGGCGAUGAUUUGGAUGCUGUAUGGCUUUUACAUAUCUUGCGUAGGAUUAGACAAAUGUACGCUUCAUUGAUUCAUUUGGAUUUACCAAACGAGGCAUUAGAUAUUUUCGGAAAAUUUAUACUUAACUUGAGACUGGAGUGUUUUCAUACUUUGUUUAAACAAACGAAAGGAAACAUAGCAACAUUAUACAAAAAAGAAACUUGGCAAAUUGAAUAUUUAAAUGAAGACGGUGGCGUUACGAAAGUGCCAUAUCUGUUUGAAGAAAUGGUUAUAGAAGUCGCAAAGCGGGCGCGCGAUACAGUAGUUGCUUGUGGCCCUCGAGAAGAACCUUUAUUUGCUAAUCCUGCUCAUCAUCUUCUAUACUAUCAUUCUAUCCAGGCACUGUUUACAACGUUCACACGAUAUUGCCUACAGCGAUUGGCAUUCAGUGGCUGCGAGGCAGCUCUAGAUGUUGACGAAUCGUCUGUAUCUCAAUUAGUUGGUUCUCCUUCUGGCUAUAAGAGCAAGAAUAACAAGCAUCAAGGCCCAACGUGGGAACAAUACCUCUUAAUCUCAUUAAGUAAUAUUCGUUAUACACUGAACACCAUCCUACCAAGAAUUCGAGACGCAUUGAAGGAUCAGGGUUAUCCGAGUUUGUCAGAUGCGGAUGGAUGGGGUUCCGAUUGGACGCAACUGGGUACACUGGACGCGGCUGUACUGGAUGCAUAUUUGGAACGCCGUUGUGACCCAUUAGUUGGCACAAUUGAACCAAGUAUGUAUCUGGGUGGAUUAGAAUGGGAUUUUGAGACUGAACCUAUUCAUGUGAGACCGUAUGCGCAAGAAAUCCUAGCAAAUUUAAUUGCAGUUCACGCAGAGGUGCGCCGUGUCGCACCAGCUUUACUAUAUCGAGUACUCUCUCACAUAGUUGAGACAGUAGCGGAAGAACUUGCAAGACUCAUGUCGUGUGUUACUCAAUUCGGACCGACCGGAAUUGUGCAAGCACGUACAGAUAUUACACUCCUGCGGAGUGCCUUACAGUCUUACAGUACACCGAGAGCAAAAGAUUUCUUUGAAGAAGCACUAGUUGCGAUACCGAAACCAGUUCACAAAGACGACUAUGCGCGAAUCGACAUGUUGUUCGUAAAAGUAAAAACGUCCAUGCAUUUGCAACUAUCAUGUCUUGCCAAUGAUGCAACCAAUAAUACUCCUACAUUGAUUGCCGAUCCUAAUCGCGUCACUACCGUAUAGCUUUAAUAAUAACUUAAGAAUCUAAAAUUAACAGUUUCCUCGCCAAUAACAUCAACAUCUGGACGAGAUUUGUCUACCGGAUACAACCUAUAAAUGAUGACAUUUGUCAGAGUAAAGUCUACAUACAAUCAUAAGAAACAUACA